GGAGUGUUUAGCCCCGAGCACAGCUGCGUUGAUCUAGCAGAAUAUCGAUAUCGCUUGAACCUCGCAGCUCAAUUGACUUUCAUCUUUUGAAUAUUAUCUGCUCACAGUCUUCAUGACAGUAGCAUAGUAUAUACCUUUCUCUAAAGACGUCUCUUCUACCCAUUGAACUAUGCGACUCCCCGCCGUUCCUCGGAGGCUUCCCCCGCAUCUCCGUCUACUUUAUCGCCGACCCCAAAUUUACCAGUCCACUUGCGUCGGUCGACUGUACAGCUCAAGCACCAACAGCGAAGGGAAUGGCGACCACAAAGAUUCUGCGCGAUCAGAAUCAUCGACAAACAAUUCCUCUUCUUCUCCCUCCUUCUGGAAUACGAAGACAUCUCUCAUCGCCGCUGCAGCCACCGCUGGGCUUGGAUACGGUUAUGCGACCUUAAGCCAGCCUUCGCAGUCGCAAAGCUCCAGUCUCUCACAAUCGCAAAGCGCCAAAGAACCUCAAUAUGGUUCGAUACAGGAUUUCGAAAAAGCCAUUGCCGAACUGCGAGAUAAGCUAGGCGACGAUGCGAUUAGCACAGAAGAGGACGAUCUGGAGCUUCAUGGGUAUUCGGAAUGGUCCAGCGUAAAUGCGGACCGUUUACCAGUUGCUAUUGCCUAUCCGCAAACUACGGAGGACGUCUCGCAAGUCGCGAAAAUAUGCCAUAAAUACAAGAUGCCCAUGAUACCAUACUCUGGAGGAUCUAGUUUGGAGGCCAAUUUCUCUGCGCCCCAUGGUGGCAUGACAAUUGAUUUCGCUUUCAUGAACCGGAUUCUCGAGCUACACGAAGACGACAUGGACAUUGUUGUUCAGCCGUCCAUCCAAUGGAUGGACUUGAAUGAGAAAAUCAAGGAUAGUGGGUUGUUCUUCCCCGUUGACCCUGGCCCAUCUGCAAUGAUCGGAGGUAUGGUGGGCACAAACUGUAGUGGCACGAAUGCUGUGCGCUAUGGUACUAUGAAGGAUUGGGUGAUCAAUCUGACUGUCGUUCUGGCGGAUGGUCGUGUCAUCAAGACAAGAAGACGCCCACGAAAAACAUCAGCGGGUUACAAUCUGACUGGUCUGUUUGUGGGGUCUGAAGGCACACUGGGUAUUGUAACUGAAGCCACUCUCAAACUGGCCGUCACCCCAGAGAAGACCCGCGUUGGAGUCGUCGCAUUCCCUACCAUGCGUGACGCUGCAUCGACCGCUAUGCAACUCAUCCGGAAAGGGAUCCCAGUACAAUGCAUGGAAAUUCUGGAUGACGUGCAGAUGGAUGUGAUCAAUCGGGCUGGGGGCACCGGACGUCCUUGGAAAGUCCUUCCAACGCUUUUCUUCAAAUUUUCCGGAACCAAUGUUGGAGUUUCGGACAGCAUCAGCCUAACCACUGAAUUAGCCAAAGGUAACAACGCCAGUUCCUUUGAGUUCGCGCAAAACGAGCGAGAAGGCAAUGACCUGUGGUCUGCGCGAAAGCAGGCUUUAUGGAGUAUGCUGGCCUUGCGAAAGGAAGGAUCUGACGUAUGGUCGACGGACGUUGCUGUCCCAAUUUCCCGGUUGCCUGAUAUUAUCGAUAUAUCCUCCAAGGAGAUCGCCAGCCUGGGCCUUUUCGCCAGUAUUCUCGGACAUAUCGGCGACGGGAAUUUCCACUCAAGUAUCAUGUUCGACAAAAAUGACCCCACAGAAUUAGCGCGUGUUGAGAAAGUCGUUCAUGACAUGGUUGACCGUGCUAUCGAGAUGGAGGGCUCUUGCACUGGAGAGCAUGGUGUCGGUCUGGGUAAGAAGGGAUCCCUCAAGAAGGAAUUGGGCCUCGAUACCAUCAACGUUAUGCGCAGUGUAAAGACAUCACUCGAUCCACAUUGGCUGCUCAACCCCGGGAAGAUCUUUGAUUUCGAUAACGAGUCAUGAUAUGGCGUCUAGCGAGGAAUGCUUUAAAUUUGACCAGCAU